AAUGUAGUCAAAGCCAAACUCCUUGUUUGUUUCCUCACUAGGGAAGGGUAUUGUCGCCAAUAAAAAAGGCUAAAUUCCAAGUUGCAUAUGGAAUGGACUUCCUUAGACCGACAAACCAGAAAAUAUAAGUAGGGAUGUUGUGAUUUUCUCUCUUCACUGAUCAGAUUUUCUUCGAAAAUUACUACGAAGUUGACGCGGAAACAAAAUCCCCAGAAAUUAAUUCUUUGAUUUUUUUUGUAGAAAUCAAGAACAGGAGAAGAUGGGUUCUCAGCAGAACGAAGGAACUAGUGUCACGCCAUCUGAACCCAAGCUCUGCGUGAAUGGAUGUGGGUUUUUUGGGACGGCGGCCAACAUGGACCUGUGCUCUAAGUGCUAUCGGGAUCUCCGUGUCGAGGAAGAGCAGGCUGCUAAGGCAAAGGCUGUCAUGGAAAAAUCUCUCUCCCCCAAAUCGAAGGAGCCUGAGGUUGUUGAUGCGGUCAAGUUGUUGGGUGAAAAGAAGGCUGUUGAGGGGACUCAUGUGGGUUCGGGGGCAUUGUCAUCGUUGGUGUCUUCAUCAUCUGCUGCUGUCAAUGGUGAGCGGGAGGAGCCGAAGGUGCCUCAAAGGUGCUUAAGCUGUAACAAGAAGGUUGGAUUGACCGGGUUUAAGUGCAAGUGUGGGAGCAUGUUUUGUGGGGUGCAUCGGUACCCAGAGAAGCAUGAGUGCACGUUUGAUUUCAAGAUUACUGGCCGUGAUGCGAUUGCUAAGGCCAAUCCUUUGGUUAAGGCUGAUAAGGUGGAGAGGUUCUGAAAAGGGCUUGAAGAUGUCUGGUUUUCGUAAGUCAAUGUUCUCGAUUGAAUAUGCUGGCCUUUCAGGGAAAAAAAAAAAAGGGAAAAUCUUUCUUUCGGAUUUUUAUUAGUUUUAGGUUUGAUUGAAGCUUCAAGGCGUCUGGGUCGGGAUGGUGGUUUGGUUUAGGUUGAUUCCAUAUUCCAUAAUAAAAUGAAUGAAUUGUUACUUAUCAGUUUCUUUCUUAUAAUAGCUAAAGUCUUUUAAAUUGUCGCUUCUAAGGAUUUUUAAUAUAUUAUAAUUGAUUGUAUAUCAAUUGUAUAUAUAUAUACUUGUGUCUGCCAGAGCUAGAAUGUUAUCUA